AUUAUUGGGGGACACAGUAAAUGAGAGAAUAUCUAAGAGUGACAAGUGCUCUAAGGGAAUGAGGAGGGGUAAUGGGAUAGAGUGAGGUGGGUGGGGCUGCUUUUGGGGGUGGUAAUAGGCUUUUUUUAAAAGGAAAUGGCAUGUGAGUUCAAAUGAAAAGCUGCAAAGAACUGCUUUUGAGAGCAAAAUACAGAUUCUCAGGCCCUGCCCUAGCUUUAGAGAAUGAAAAUACUACAGGCAGGGCCCCGGAAUUUGCAUUUUUCUUCCACACGAUUCCCAUGCACAGGAGAGCUGGAGACCUUGUACCCUGGGGUUUCUACUUAAUGACAGGAGCACAUUCUAUGAACUUUAGGGUCCCUCCAAACUCUAGAGCCUGUGGCUCUGCAGGGAACUCUGAUUCGCGUGUGGGGACCCGGGUAGGGAGAGGAGCUGAACUACUUCUGUCAGAUGGCGGGAUGCAGAAAGGGAGCGCGUGCAGCUCAUCACACGCUCAGCCCGCGUGUGCCGGCCUCUGCGGCUGCCACGGGAUCUAGAGCUCGGCUCCCCAUCGCAGCUCCCGCUGCCCUCCUUUAAUUUCAGAUGUGAGGAGUGCGGUCUUCAUCGCCUAGAUUCGGUCCCUGUCUUGUUUCGGGACCAUUUUAGUUGGCGCCUGGCCUCCAGGCAUGGUUCACCACUCUGGGCCUUGGUCGCCUGUCGCCACGCCACCUGCCCUAGGUGCGGCGUGGAGUUCACGCUGUGCGGCAGCCGACUCCCCGGAGGCGCGGGCUUUUACACUUGCCCCAGCUGCCACAGUAGGAGCGUCCACUUAAUAGCGACAUAGGAGCUACGGGUCCCACAAGUCUUCGGUCUCUCCCAGCCUGCGUGGUGAGGGCCGGGCUUCCCCCAGGGAGCAAGAAAAUUAAGAAACCUAUUGGGUUUGCUUACGCAUGCUCUUCAUCCCCUCCUCGCCGCCGCUUCCUGCGGAGUCCCGCCCCCCACCCCCCGGCCUCAGUUUCCGCAUCUACUCGGUAGGAGGACCCUGGGCGUCCUUUGGACUAGAGGAGGGGGUUUCUUUAAAAGGAACCCUGCGUGGUAUUGCCUCCCUCCUCCCGCGCGGCGAGCUGCUGGCUGCGGCGGCCGCACGUGCAGGCGGCCGGUCGGCGGGGUCGCUGUGUCGGGGGACGAGGCGGCGGCGGCAAGGUCGCAGUCGGCGGCCUUCGCCGCGCGCUCCCAGCCCUGCGCGCCCGCCGCCGGUCCAGGCCCGCCGGGGCCGCCGCGCGGAGGUCGGAGCGCAAGCGCCGCGCGGCCGGCCAGACGCGGCUCCCCAUGCGGCACGCGCGGCGCGCUCUGCAGGCGCAGGUGAGCCGGCACCAUGGGACAGGCGGGCUGCAAGGGGCUCUACCAGUCGCUGUUCGACUACAAGACCGAAAAGUAUGUCAUCGCCAAGAACAAGAAGUUGGGUGUUCCUGGUGAAGAAGGGUUACCAGGACACUGACACCUCCCUGCAGAGCAGCAUCGUCACCAAAGUGAAGGGUGUGACCUUCACCAACACCUCGGAGCUCGGCGAGCGGCUCUGGGACGUUGCCGACUAUGUCAUCCCACCUCAGGGGGAGAAUGUGUUCUUCAUCAUCACCAACCUGAUCGUGACGCCCAACCAGCGGCAGGAAACCUGUGCUGAGAGUGAAAGCAUUCCUGACGCUCUGUGCCAUGAGGACAGUGACUGCCCUCCUGGAGAGCCUGUUGUGGCUGGAAAUGGACUGAGGACUGGCCGCUGCCUGAGGGCAGGGAACACACAAAGGGGCACCUGUGAGAUCUUCGCCUGGUGCCCAGUGGAGACAAAGUCCAGGCCAAUGAAGCCACUCCUGGGCAAGGCUGAAGACUUCACUGUUUACAUAAAGAACUUCAUUCGUUUCCCCAAAUUCAACUUCUCCAAGACCAAUGUACAGGACUCCAAAGACAAAUCUUUCCUGAAGUCCUGUCAGUUUGGCCCCAAGAACCCCUACUGCCCCAUCUUCCGACUGGGGUCCUUGGUCAGCUGGACAGGAAGCAACUUCCAGGAGCUAGCCUUGCAGGGCGGUGUAAUAGGUAUUCAGAUCGAAUGGGACUGUGAUCUUGAUAAAGCUCCUUCUGAAUGCAACCCUCACUAUUAUUUUAGCCGUCUGGACAACAAAUUUUCAGAAAACUCUAUCUCCUCUGGGUAUAAUUUCAGGUUUGCCAAAUAUUACCGAGAUGCGGCUGGGGUAGAGUUCCGCACCCUGAUGAAGGCCUACGGGAUCCGCUUUGAUGUGAUGGUGAAUGGCAAGGCAGGAAAGUUCAACAUCAUCCCCACAAUCAUCAACGUGGGCUCUGGGCUGGCGCUCAUGGGUGCUGGGUCCUUCUUCUGUGACCUGGUGCUCAUCUACUUCAUCAAGAAGAGCAACUUUUACCGGGACAAGAAGUACGAGGAAGUGAGGGCCCUAAAGGGCCUCGCGCAGCUGGUGAAGUCCUCGCAGCAGGGUGAGGCCCCAGAGGCUGAGGACACGGGAAUGGGGCCGGGGCUGGCGGAACAGCCGGAGGUGCAGGACGGAGGCGGAGGCCAGACGGGGGAUGGCUGCGUGAGCCGGCAGCUCCUUGAGCCCGCCAGGUCCGGCCACCUGGGGAAUGGCAAGGUGAAUGUGGAGCAGCUGCAGAACCUGCAGACAGUGGAGGCGUAGCCAGCAAUGUUGACCUAGAGCGGAUUUGGUGAAGAUGGGGGCAGAACUGUGCACAGCUCUGAGCUGGGAAGAUCCGCCUUCGUGUCUGCACGGGGCACCGGCUCCCAGGGUGGCCAUCUUCCUGUACUUUGGGAUCUUGCCACAAGCUUAUUGUGGUGUGUGUGAGGAGGAGAGUCUCCCAGUGGCCAGAACGGCUCAGAUCUAGAAGACGAGGCCCCAGGGAGGGAAGGGGUCAGGCCAGGAGCCUGAGUGCCACUAGAGUAGUUUUCAUGAUUUCUGAGAACCUGCUUGAGCAUUCAUUUGUUCAUUCAAUAAACAUUUUUUCCUGCGGGCUGGGCCCUAUGCAAGAGGUGUUUAAAUGAGAUGCUGACCUGGCCCUCAGGGAGUGGGACACACUUGCCAUUCCCUUCAGAGCCAAUGGCCACUUUGACCUUCCUCUAGCCACUAGCUGAGGCCUUCACAAAUCCCUGUAUAGAGUGAUGGCUCUUAAGAGCAGGGCCUUGGCCAACAUGCAAGGGGACAUUUGACUUUGCCCCCAGGGAUAAAAUGUAAAGGUGGCCAAGGAAGCAACCAGGAAGGGACUGGACCUGCCAGAGGCAGCUGGCCCUUGAGGGGAGAGGCACUCCCGAGAGCUCCUGGGGAAGGUGGGGAAGGGGAGGCAGGGAGGCCUCUGCUUCGGCAAAGCAUCUGGCCUAGAAGGGAGAUCAUUUGCUGGUGUGGUCUGGCUCUUGCUGUUCUGUGGGGCUGGGGGUUCCUGCCCACAGUCCCCCCUUCUCUCCUCAAAGGCCGGGUCUGAGGGGCCAGUGAGGUAAUGGAUGGUGCUCACUGGGCAGGUGGAAGCGUUGUCAGGGUGGCCCUCGCCCUUCACGCCUGCCCUUCCCUCCCAGCCCCCACCCUGCAGAACCCAGCCGCCUCAGAGCGUGCGCUUUGGGCCAGCGCACGCACCAGCAUCAUCUGGGAGCUCCUUGGAACUGCAGUCUCCAGCCCCUCCCUCGUCCUCCUAAAUCAGACCCUGCAUUUCCACAAGAUUCCCAGGUGAUCGGUGUGCAUGUUAGAGUUUGAGAAGCACUGGUUGAGUUGAUAAUGCAGAGCCAGGUUCCGAGGGAGGAACAGGCCAGCUUUGGUGGGUGGAGCCAAUUUCUGGUCACAUGCUCUACCUCGAGACCCAGAUGAUCCCACCCCUGGGUAAGUGGCAUGAUACUUAAAUUUUUUUAAGUUAAAAUAUUUUGACUGGAUAAUAGUGACAUGACUCAAAAUUUAAAAGGUACCAAAUGAUAGACAGUGAAAAGCUUCCCUCCCACCCUCUUUCCUGAGGCAACCCGUGUCAUCACUGCCAAGAGACGCUCUUGUUUUCCUGAGAAUCCACCUGGUUACUUGCACCCUCUCAGGAAAUGAGCUUUCCUGAUACCUGCAACUCAGACCCAGUUUCUUCUGUCAGGAAGGGGCACAUGGAGUAACGCUGAUGUACCCAGCUGGGGAGGCAGCUAGCUCUCUGCUUCUCCCGGUUGUCUGAGGAGUCCCCGUGCAAAUCUGGGGGAGACAGAGAACUCCUAAUUCACUGAGGUCUGUGGCUCAGCAGCAAAGGCCUGCAGCGUGGCCCAUUGCCCAGCAAGCCCCAAAUGCUGUUUGUGCAGCUGUGCGGAUACUAGGGUACUUAAGGGCUCUUCAGGGCCUGCCUCAAGUCAGAGGAGCCUAGUUCUCUGCACAGAGGGGGCCCUAAGCAUCCCUCCACCAGGGCCUUUGGAGAGGGUCGGAAGGGGCCUGAAAGGUCUCUAGCAAGGCUCUGCCACUGGGGCAGAGGGACUUGGUCCUCAGAAUAGUUACCCUUCCAGAGCAAGCAGUUUCCACCCUUGGGCUGCCUGAUAACCUGUCCACAAGCCCACCUGUUCUCUGACUAGGAAGUAAAAAACCUGGGUGGUCCACUGUGUUUCACUUCCUUACUAAAGCAAACCCUUGGACUUAAUAAUCUAGCAUGUUACUUUUAAGUUUGGAAGAGAGUAAAAAGGGCAGGGGUCACAGCUGCUUAGGAUUUGGUCUGGUUUCUUUUAACCUGUUUUUGGAAUUGCUUUGCAGCAGUUGUAUAAUCAGGGGAGGUUGUACUAUUUGCUUUAUAUUGGAAUGAAAAUGUCUUCCUACAGUAUGAAUUCACUCAGUAAAUGUUUAUUGAGUACCUUUUAUCAGGUGUUGGACUACAUGCUGGUGACACAGUGCCAAGCAGCACAGUCCCUGUCCAGGUGCUCAGUCUAUGGGGAGCCAAACCUUAACCGCUGGUCCCCCGUUUACUCACAAAUGGAACUGAAUUGUCAGUGAAGAGUAGCCAGAAAAGGUUCCCCAAGGCAGUGACAUACAAGUUGAAAUCUGAAAGCUUUCUAGGUAAGGAGAUCACAUGUGUAUAAAAGUAAUGCCUUAACCUGAAAAGAAGCAACCGAGGAAAUAGAUGGAUACCCUGGCUGGAGCUGGUUUUGUGAGGCCUUCUUUUUAUCAACUGAAUUUUAAGGGUCCCGUUAUACUUCACUGCCAUAGAGGACUGAGCCUAACUGUUUCUUCAAGUCCAGUAAAGCUGUGCAGGUGGCCUCCCUCCUGUCUUGGGGCCGCAGGCUCACAGGAGCCACUGACCCGUUCCAGCUCCCGGACAGGGUUGAUCGCUGCCAGUUCCCUUGGUUUUGCACAGCUCUCUCCCUUGGUGCAUGAGUGGAGGGCUCGUUCAUUUUAUAGAAACUGGCUUUGAAAUGGAAGUAAAGCAGGUACUUGGCUCCCUUCAGACAUGGGAAAGCCCUUCACUCAGGGUGCCGUUGCCAACAGGAAGAUGAGCGUGCCAGCCUCUCAUGAGCUCCUGUCCAUGCUCCUUCCAGGAUCACAUGAAUUGUCUAUGCUUAUGUUCAGACCCUGGCCUAAAGCCGUCUACCUAGUAUUUUCCUAAUGAUUUGGGCCAAGGGGAUGUGUAAAUUGGGUGCUAUCAAUGUGACAUUAUGGGGACCAGCCAUGAAAAAUCGAAGUGCUCUCUACUCCUGAUGCAGGGGUCACCAGAACUGACCAAUUACAGCUGCCUUUUCGCUCCACUGCACAAUCGGCUCCUAUCUCAGUGGCUGGUUGCCCCACUGGGGGAUCAGUCACAGUGGGGCAAUGUGACUCCCUCCACGUGUCGCUAAGGACUACAGUGCCCUGGGGAGUCCCUUAAUCACCCACUUGAAAUGGCAUCUUUCAUGUUUGGAAAAGGGCUCCACUUGGUUCCAACCACCUCCUUCUACCAAGUGAUGCAAUGAAUUCAGAGACUCCAAAAGACCCCCCUUUCUGCCAGCUGUUGUUUCUUUCCCCUUAGGCCAGUACACAGACUUAAACGGGGGAAGGAGACAGACGUUUUCAGGGAUCUGCCCAAUAUAUGUAUUCUCUGACAUUUUUAUUUGGUUAUAAAACAAUAAAAGGUGUUAACUUUAAAUAUGUCCUGAUGUUUCUCCCUUCAUAUCUUCAUGGUGACCUCAUGUUUUAGAGGAAAAUGUAAGGAGAAAGGGACCAAAAGAGGCAGACACAGAAACAAUUACAGUGAGCAGUAUAUUACACUCCUUACUAUCUUGCAAAGAAGUUCAAAUGAAAGUUAAAGAAGCUCUUUAAAUAAACAUGCAUUAAGACUAGGAAGGCAUUGGUAAAACUGGUACUUUUCAUUCAAUGAGCAUAAUCUAAUAAAACUCUGGAAAGCAUUCGGAAUCAAGUUUUUAUCUUCUGCUGUAUUAACUAUUCCCUCAAAACAACAUAGAUGUGAAGACGUUCACUACAAUAAUAGUGAACAUGUCAAACAAGCUUACUACCUAACAACGGAGUAAUGGUUAAGUAAAUGAGCUCACUUUCCCUGUUCUCCCCUGCUCCCAGGACCCACUCUGCUUUCUCCUUUCUCCACAUCAGGAACUAGCCCUCCCUUCCCACUCAGAGAAGGCCGAGGGAAGAUGGGCGACCGGGAGGCGGUGAGCAAACCAUGAAUGUGAGCAUCUUCAGAGGUGGUCAGAGGAAGGGUUCAGAGGUCACUGGGAGAGGAAAAGCUGUGGCCUUACCUGCUUCUUGGCUUCGUGUGCAAGCAUGUGGUCCAGAACCCAAAACAGGACUCUGGUCUGGGUCCCAGAUCCAAUGGUUAUUGGCCAGGGGCCACUUACUUAACUGUCUGUAAAGGAGGACUUGGAGUCAAGCUCUCAAAUUCCUUUCUCAUCCAAAACAGAUUAAAAAAAAAAAAUUCAAAUCUAAUCACCUCAUUCCUAAAACUUCCAAAGGCUCCCCCCAGUUGCUCUAAGGAUCAAGGUGCCCCCUCUCCACUGUGCUCUCCAUGAUCUGGUCCAGUUCUGCCUCACGGCCUCUUUAACUCUCCAAAGACGGGUCAAACUCCUUACUGCCCAGUGGCCUCACACAUGCGCUGUCAAGUAUCCCCUUCUCUAUGCUUGGCUGUUAUUCAACUUCCAAGUCUCAAAUGUAAUAGUAUUUCUGCAAAAAAGCCUUUCUUCACCCCCUCACCACUCCCCAACCAUACACACACACACCAGCGUGGGCUUGGUUUGGGUCUCUUCACACCAUAUCGAAGAUUUGUGAAAUUCGCUAAUGCAAGUAACAUGUUCAUGACUAUAACUAAUUCAGUGCUUAUUUUUCAAGUAAAUGUAUGCAUCUUAGAUUCUUGGAUAAUCCUCCUGACAAGAAGGGAUUACACAUUAGCAUACAGACAGGCAUUUGCACUCUGGACAAGCCCAAAGUUUGGCUUAAAUUCUAGUCUGUUUCAUCUUCAUUAGACAUAUUCUGGAAAAGAGCCUGAAUUUGUUUUUUAAAAUGGAAAGGACAGCUGGCUGUAACUAAGUGAAAUGUAAGUGAAACGACAUCAUUCACACCUGAUUGCAGUGGUGAGGUGGGAGGGAAGGCGGGGCUCUGAAAAGGUAAAGCCAUUUCAGCAAGAGCAAUGAAGAAACCUGCAUUUGAAUCCUGGCUCUGCCUUUAGCUGUGCCUCCUAUAGGGGGAGGUACUUAACCUCUGAGCCUCAGGUUCAUCAAUGAGGGCUAACAAAUCUACUUCAUAAGCACAUUACUAGAAUUAAACGGGAUAAUGAGCGUAAAAGGUACAAGGCACAAUACCUGGCAUAUAAGCAACGCUUAAUAAGCAUUAGUUAUUACUUUACAGGAUGUUAAGUUAUCGCCAGAUUUAGGCCCUAACGGCCCUUCUCUGGAUGACCUAUGUAUAAAUGCAAGGAAAU